UUCUGGUGUUUGAUACGUUUUGCUGCGUUACGUUGGGUUAAGACCUAUUUUUUCGUCGAUGUCUAAAACGAGCUAUCCUAGAAUUGCUUCCUGAUAUGUUCCACUAGAUAAUGGUCGACCAUAAUCUGUGAGUAUCAUAAUCAACGUCUGGCUGUUUCCUCACUUUAAGAUGUCGGCUAUAAAACCUGGGGAAUGGGUCAUGCAGGCUCUGCUCCGUCAAUUAACAAACUUAGCUCAGUUAAAGAUUGAGAAAGCCCUUGAAGAUGGACAGGAAACAAAUCUCGUGAAAAGCAUGAAACUAAAUGAGGAUGCAGCAUAUGAACAUCUCAUAAGUGCUUUUGGUGCUGCCGCUGAAUUCGCCCUUCCUUCAGUUUUGUCAACACUCUCAUUAUGGUAUGGAUCUCAGCACUCAUCUGGGAAAUAUUAUCAAUUUCACCAACUUCAGUCUUCAAGUUUAACUAAUGAGUAUGUCGAAAACGUUGCUUCAGUGCCAGUUCAACGUCCUCUCACUGAGGACAGUUUACAUGUGAGUCAACAAGUUUCAAUCCUUGGUGCCAAUAAAUCGGAAAAGACUAACAAGUGUGCCUCGGAAUCAUCGCUGUCAAAAUCCCAUAAUUUACCUUUACCAGAAUUAGCUGUUCUAUUUGAACGACGCGAUCUUGCCAUCGAUAUCAUAUUCUGUCAUAUCAUGCUUGCAGUUUUAAAACAAUUGCCCUUUCAUCCAGGUCAUAAUGAUGUUAUCAAAUCAAUCUUAGAGCAAUGCUUUGGAAGAUUUAACUAUAGAGAGGAUUUGCAACCAAAAAAUAGCGAAAAUAUAAACCUCGUUGCUGAUUUAUAUGCAGAAAUCGUUGGACUAUUAUUCCAGUCAAGAUUUGCUUUGGUGCGUCACAAAUUUAUGAGUUGUCUGAAUGAUCUGCGAUCUAAGGAAAAUAGUCAAAAUAAUAGAGCUAGUAUUGUAUCGCUUAUAAUGGGGAUGAAGUUUUUUCGAGUUAAAAUGCAUCCAAUCGAAGAUUUUGUAAAAUGUUUCACAUUUCUGCAAGAAUUAGGUCAUUACUAUUUGGAAGUGAAAGAAAUCGAAAUUAAGCAUGUACUUUCUGAUUUGUUUGUUGAAAUUUUAUUGCCAGUAGCUGCUGUUGCUCGACAAGAAGUAAACAUUCCAGCUUUAAAGACAUUUGUGGAAAAUUUAUAUCCAGCAAGUUUGGAACUGGCUAGUAAAAAGAAGCAUAUUCCAGUACGUAUCUCUUUAUAUGUAAAUUAGGAUACAGAGGUAUCUUGUGUAUCAUUCACCAAUUUAAAUAAAUCAAUGUGUCAAAU